AGAGCUGGGCUGCCUUUACGCCAGCGGGGCCGUGAUGUUCCUGGAGCCGCUGGCCUUCCCGCAGGCGCCCCGCUUCAUCCAGAUCGUGAACCGGGACACCGCCAUGAGCGUGGCCGACAUGGGCGCCUACAGCUCCACCGGCGGAAGCCAUUGGCUCACCAUCUCCAACGUGUUCGCCAGCAGGCCCAACGAGGUGGUGGUGUACGACUCGUUGUUCGACGACGUGUCUCCGUCGACGAAGGCGCUGCUGCGCCAGCUGUACUUCCUGCACGGCGACGCAGAGGUCCGCUUCGAGCGCGUCCAGCAGCAGAAGAACGGGACCAGCUGCGGCAGGUUCGCCAUUGCCUUCGCCUUCGACCUGGCGCUGGGCAGCAACCCGCGGGGCGCGGCCUACGACGUGGGCAGGAUGGGCGGCCACCUGCUGGCCGCCCUCGAGGGCUCCCAGGUCACGCCCUUCCCCAGGCGGCACUGAUUUCCGUCCGCCCUCUGCCGGGAAGGAAGGCCUCGUGCAGCGAGAUUGCAGCAGCAAUGCAAUCAAAAAGUAACACAAAAUGCUUGUGAUACAUGGAAGAAAAUUAAUGAAAAAAACACCAUUGUGUUUCCCUGCGUGCUUCUUCGGCGACAAAGCUUCAGCUUCACUAUCAAUGUCAAAAACAACAGCGCUGAAAAGUGAAACCCGC